AUGGAGGGCUUUCAUUUUCUGCUGUACGCGAAGCAGUAUUGGCUACAUCACACUAAAGAAUUCAACAACUCGAUGGGGAAAAUGUAUACGUUAUGGGAAAGGCUAAUCAAUCGCCCCCCAACAAUCAUCGACAACUUUCCCUGGAACAACUCCUUGGAUUCUAGUACCAUGGACGAUAUCGAACGCCGUCUAGACUGGGCAUUCAAAUAUCGCCAUCAUGCUCUAGCUAGUAGUAUUAUAUAUACGGAUAGAGCGCGUUUUCUACAUUUUUCCGAGGAAAAAGAGGCAUACGCACUGCAGGCGCAGGUGCUAGGGCAUUGGGAUGAAGCGGCACAGAUUCGUUGCCAAAUCGUUGAUUUCUUAGAAUUGGGCAACGUCAAGGGAGGGCUCGACGUUCCGAGAGCAAUGUGGAAUCUUGCAUUGUCAUAUCAAGCAAUAGAGGAAGAGCAGGAUAAGGUUGAAGACUUAUUAAAAGCAUUCGUGCUCCAGUUGAAAAUGGUGAAUAGUCCUUUUGUUGAUGGUAUAUUGGACUCUUCUGUCGCAUUUCAAAAGGCACGGAACAAUACCAGACAUGCCAAAAUCGCAGAAAAGCUUUUGGAAUCGGCUUUUUCGCUAAGCCACAUGUUGCUUGGAGAUAAAAAUAUUAACACACAACGGCUACUAUACGAUGUGAAAUUUUUUGAAGAGCGACGGACAAAGAAUCUGGCUCUUUAG